GUUUUGGACGAGAUGCGCGAGCUCGUGCUGGGCGGCGCCGACGCCAUCGCCGACAGCUUCUUGACGCCCGGCGUCGCCGUCGACAUCGUCGUCUGGACCGACGCAGUGCAGUAUGAGGUCCGACGAGCCGCCGCCGAGAAGCCCCGGUCUCUCACGUGCACGGGCGACGAGUACAUUGCACAGCUGCAUGAAGCCUUCCACGCUGGCGCUGGCGGCUUGCGCAUCACUGGCACCAUCGCGCCCGCAUCGAUUGCGCUGGUUCUAGACGAGGCCCACGCAGACAUGCACCUCCGCUUCGACGCGCUGACGCUCACGGCCGUGGCCGUUCCGGCGGCGCACGUCCAUGGCGUGGCACAGCGCUGGCACAGUGCAUUCAUGACAACGGCGUCGUCGCUUGCUGCAGCACAGGCACGUAUCGCCGCUCUCGAAGCGCUCGUGGCGGAGAAGGACGUGGUCUUGGACGCGGCGAUACAGGCCAAGGUUGAUGGCGAGGCGCGCUUGGUGCAGCAGUGUCUUUUGCUCGUCAAUGCAAAGAAGGACAUGAUUAGACAGCUCCAAGACCAACUGGCGCAGGUGCCAGAGCCGUCACCAUCGCCCAAGCGCCGGCGAAAAACACCCGCGCCAAAACGGGCGACCAAGCCGAAGCGGGCGGUCGUGGAAUCGAGCGCCAGCGACGACGACGACGGCGACUCGGAGGCCAGCGUCGACUUGCCGUUGCACUCAGACGACGGCUCGGACCACGACGCGCCGGCGUCGGCUGCCGAUAUGGGCAGCCAGGCGUAUACUACCGCGCUGCCACAAAGCACCAGUCAGUUCUAUUCGGCCGACCAGCUUUUGAAAGAAGAAGAGGAAGAAGGAGCUGAUAUCAAGGCUGCUGCUCCUACCUCGUUACUUGGCCACAGCGACGACGAUGCUGACUUUUUGGAUAUGCUAUAAUUGUCAUUCAUAGUAGCAUUCCAUCGCGUUUGGCAAGGGA